AAACCCUAGGCACCAUAAAAGCCAUAAUCAAGCAAAACUUCUGAAACGUUUCUGGCAAGAAAGAUUUUCCUAGAGAGAUCGCUCAUCUCUGAAGCGAAAUUUCACUGCCUUUAAUUUGUUUGGAAACGAUGGGCAGAGGAAAGUACAAGAACAAGCCCACUGGUCAGUACCAGUUCUCCAGUCGCGAAGAUCUUCUUGCCGGUACCUCCACCCGUCCCCGUUCUUUUUCAAAGGCAUUUGAUACCCUGCUCCGAAAGCUACAAAGGUAUGUCCCUCUUGGAGCAUCUGUUGCUGAUUUGUAUGCAGGAGCAGGUGUUGUCAGAUUAUCAUUGGCUGCUACAAGAAAAUGCAGGUCUGUGAGAUGCAUUGAGAUUAACAAAGAAUCAAAGCUAUCCUUUGAGAAGACGGUUGCCCGCCUGCCCAACAUAGUAGAUAGCAGCAUCAGCUGGCAUCAUGCAGACACUUCUAAGAUCCGCCUUCUUUUGGCUAUCAGUUAAGACAUAGGAGAGGAAAAUCAGAAACUACUCGUGCUUAGUACAUAAACACAAAGGAUGUGAGGUUUGUCUAUGUUUUUCUACCUCUUGCAAUGCUAGGCCUAGAAGUAGCACCAGUUUGGUUCUUAAUGGAAUUUCCUGGGGCACAUUGUUUCAUGUAGGCUAACAAUAAGCACUUGGAAUGUUGCUGGAAGAAUUCCGGAU